UUCUUUCGCACAUGCAUUAAUCCAUGCUUUUUGCUGCAGAUUUUUUUUUGUAAUUUUUGAUAAUUUUGAUUUAAAAUUUACAUCAUUAUUCAUCCCUAUCUCUCUCAUCUUUACAAUAAUAAUCUAAAUCAUGUCCAAUCUAACUCGAUUCAAUUUGAUCAGAUCGAUUCUGAAUCUUAGCUCCAAGGAUUUUCUUCGUUCUAGUCAAUUUGGAAUAAUUACCCGUAAUUUAUCCGAUGAUGUUUCCGAUUCUGAACAAGCACCAAUGUUGGAAAAUGUUGAUAAUUUUAAAUGUUUAAAUCGUGUAACAUUAAUGGGACGUGCUACAAAUUCAGCAACAAUAACUAAAUUAGCCAAUACAGAUAUGGCUACAUUUACAUUGGUUACAAAUGAAAUUCGACGAAAUCGUUCGAAUGAAUUAAUAAAACGAUCAGAAUUUCAUAAAAUACAGAUAUUUAUUCCAAGAUUAGUACAAAAAGCAGCACAAGUUGUACAAAAAGGAUCUCGUGUACUUGUUGAAGGAAAAAUUGGCUAUAAUGUUCGUAAAGGUGAACAUGGAAAUAUUCAUUUUACCAAUAUAACUGCAGAAAACGUUAUAUUCAUUACGGGUAAUCGUAUGAAUUGGAAUCAAAAUGAAAGCGAUUCGGAAAUAGUCGAAGAACAGGAACAAACUUCGAAAAACUGAUUCGAGCA